AUGAAUCCUUGCAUCAAUCCCAUUCCAGUGUCAGAUCCACAUGGAGAAGACAGGUGGUUAAAACAGCAUGAAAAAUUUAUUAGAGAAUCUCAAGAUAAAGAAUCAGAAGUUAUAUUUAUAGGAGACUCCUUAAUUCAGUAUUUGCAACUUACAUCUGUUUGGAUGAAAUGGUUUGUUCCUAUGCAUUCUUUAAAUUUUGGAAUCGGAGGAGAUUGCACUCAACAUGUACUAUGGAGGGUGUUAAAUGGAGAAUUUGAUUAUUGUAAACCAAAGGUAAUUGUAGUUUUAGUAGGAACAAAUAAUCAUGGAAAUACUCCUCAAGAAAUAUCGGAAGGAAUUUUAGAAAUUGCAUUGAAAGUUAGAGAAAAACAACCUGAUUCUUACAUAGUUCUUUUGGAGCUUUUACCUCGUGGUAAACAUCCGAAUUCGAAUAGAGUCAGAAAUGAAGAAGUUAACCAAAUAAUUAGGAAUUGUGGAAAAUUAAUAUCAAAAUGUGAAAUAUUAAAUCUUGGCAAAGAUUUAGUUCAAGCUAAUGGUGAAAUUGAUGACAGGGAUAUGUUUGAUUACCUUCAUUUAACAGCAGCAGGGUAUGAAAAAGUUUUUGAACCUCUUUAUGAAUUGCUAACACAACUACUUGCUGAAGGAGAACCAGAACCGGAUCUGGAUAAAAUAUUGCAGGACUGA